GGGAGGGAGGGGGGGGGGGGCGGAGUGGUUGGGGCCGGCGGCGGCCGCCGCGGCGGCGGGGUCAGUUCUCUUUAGUGUUUGCCGAUGUUGGAGGCGCCUCCAAAGUGUCCCCGGGAAACAGUGAUAGGCAAUGGCACAAGUUAAGAUGCAGACUACAGCAAACCUGUCCGGACCUACCAUGUCCCCUAUGGUGCUACCCCUACCAGUUACAACUACAAAUACAUUGGGUCUGCCGUCCUCAAUGAACGGAUCCAUUUCAGAAUCUGCUGCCAGCUGUAGCAGUCCUACUGCCGGCCUUGUGGAUCCUGCGCCUUCUAGCAACUCACCAGCUCCUCUCCAAGAUAACAUGGCAAACCCCAAAGAGAAAACUCCAAUGUGUCUGGUAAAUGAGUUAGCCCGUUUCAAUAGAAUUCAACCCCAGUAUAAGCUUCUGAAUGAAAGAGGGCCUGCUCAUGCCAAGAUGUUCACAGUGCAGCUGACUCUCGGAGAGCAGACAUGGGAAGCUGAAGGAAGCAGUAUUAAAAAGGCCCAACAUGCUGCUGCUAGCAAAGCAUUGAAUGAAACUACCCUUCCCAAACCAACGCCUAGACCACCCAAAAAUAAUGUUAAUAAUAAUCCAGGCAGUAUAACUCCAACAGUGGAGCUGAAUGGUCUGGCUAUGAAAAGAGGAGAGCCUGCCAUCUACAGGCCAUUAGAUCCAAAACCAAUUCCCAAUUACAGAGCAAAUUAUAAUUUCCGGGGCAUGUACAAUCAGAGGUAUCACUGCCCAGUGCCUAAAAUUUUCUAUGUCCAGUUAACUGUUGGCAACAGUGAGUUUUUUGGUGAAGGAAAGACUCGUCAAGCUGCUAGACAUAAUGCUGCAAUGAAGGCCCUUCAAGCUCUCCAGAAUGAGCCUAUUCCAGAAAAAUUACCUCAGAAUGGAGAAACAGGAAAAGAAUCAGAAGAAGAUAAAGAUGCAAACAAGUCUGAGAUCAGUGUAGUGUUUGAAAUUGCUUUGAAGCGCAAUAUACCUGUCAGUUUUGAGGUGAUUAAAGAAAGUGGACCUCCUCACAUGAAGAGCUUUGUUACACGCGUUACAGUAGGAGAAUUCACUGCAGAAGGAGAAGGCAACAGUAAGAAACUCUCAAAGAAACGUGCUGCAAUGGCUGUCCUACAAGAACUUAAGAAACUUCCUCCUCUUCCUGUGAUUGAAAAGCCAAAACUUUACUUUAAAAAACGUCCAAAAACAAUACUGAAGACUGGACCAGAAUAUGGUCAAGGAAUGAAUCCCAUCAGUCGUCUGGCUCAGAUCCAACAGGCCAAAAAGGAGAAGGAGCCAGAGUAUGUUCUUCUUUCGGAGAGAGGAAUGCCUCGCCGUCGAGAGUUUGUUAUGCAGGUAAAAGUAGGCAAUGAGAUUACUACUGGAACAGGCCCAAACAAGAAAAUAGCUAAAAGAAAUGCAGCAGAAGCAAUGUUGCUACAGCUGGGUUACAAAGCCUCUACUCCUCUUCAAGACCAGCCAGAAAAGCUUGGAGAAAACAAGAGUUGGAACGGCCAGAAUGUUGGGUUUCCUGAGCCAACAAGUAACACGCCAAAGGGAAUACUCCAUCUCUCUCCUGAUGUUUAUCAAGAGAUGGAAGCAAGCCGCAACAAAUCAGCCCCUGGUACCACUGUAAGCUAUUUGUCGUCCAAAGAAAUGAGCCAGACUUCUAGCUCUUUCUUCAGCAUAUCUCCUACAACAAAUAGCACAGCUACGAUUGCCAGGGAACUUCUCAUGAAUGGAACGUCCCCAACUGCCGAAGCCAUAGGUCUAAAAGGAAUAUCUCCUGCUUCCCCCUGUUCUGCAGUGCAGCCUUCAAAACAGCUGGAGUAUUUGGCAAGGAUUCAAGGCUUUCAGGUACACUACAGUGAUAGACAAAAUGGCAAAGAGUGUAUGACCUGUUUGACACUGUCUCCUGUGCAGAUGACUUUCCAAGGUAUCGGAAGCUCCAUUGAAGCCAGCCAUGACCAGAUUCAGCAGCAUCUUCCAGGUUUUCCAGAUAUUGUCAGAAUCCUCAGAUCCAAAUGGUGUCUCAUGAGGAUGUAGCUCUUUAAAAAUCAUUGACCUGUCUGGAUAAUUUACCAAUUUCAAAAAUAAGUUAGUAAGUAGCAGGAAGGUAGGGAAGUAUUAAAGCUGUCAGCAUUGGGCAGUUUUCUAGAGACUUUCUUCAAUAUAAGCUGAGGGGUGGUUAUUUCCUGUCCCUCUGAAAGAUGUGGCUUGAGCUGAGUCCACAUUUACAGAUCAGGAGGGGCAAAAUAAGAUGAUCUACUCUUUUUAAAAUAAAAAAUAAAAAAAUCCUGAGUGUGUACAAGUGAUUACAGCAAAACAAACCCUGAAUUGACAGCUGCACAAACAGCACUUGCCCAGCAGUGGUAGUCAGCUACUAGGAAUGCCCAGUUUCCCAUUAGAUUGGUAAGAAUUUAUAAUUAAUAGCACAUUUGGGGACUCUUCUGUAAUGAAACCACAAUUUAAUCUGCUAACCUGAUUAUGGAGGAUGUAAAGGAGAGAGGGCAGAAAUUCAGAGUCUCGCCGCGUACAUUAUCUCCCUGUUGAUUGCAGUACGAGACCAAGACAGGCAGCAUUUUCCAGAAUCAGCCCCUACACUGGUUUAAGACCUGCAAUCCUGAAAGGUGAAGGGCUCUUUCCCAAACAGAUGUGACCCCCUUCAACUCUGAUAAACUUCCCAAAAAGAUGAGGGAAAUCUGUACCGCACAGGAUGUGCUCAGCAUAUUGAGGGAUUGAGUUAGUAAUGUCCCUGAUAAUUGUGGAUACCUCAUUGUAGGAGUCAGUUUUUAUUUAAAUUUUUUUAAUAGGAGUAUACACAUCUGUCUUUAUACCCAGCAGCUUUUCUGGCCCACAAGAAGUCCUCUGUGAGUUUCCCCAACUGAGCUCAGUGGGAUCUCUGUCAGCUGCAAGAUUUAUGUCAUCUUUUUCAGUCCUGAGAACUGUUCCUUAAGCUUUUCACAUCUGGAUUUAAUUGGAAAGACAUUAAAAGACAUUAAGUGUGCUGGAAAAGCAUAUUUUAGAGAAGAUCUUUAUAGACACUUCCAUUAAAGGAACUGAUGGUUGUAGGUUAAAAUGGGAUGAGGACAAGCCAUCAACAGUUAGCAAGGACAAAAUUACAUUACAAACUACUUCAAAUGAGAAGUUUGGCCUGUAGCUCUUGGGCCUGACUCUGAUCUCACUUAAAUCAAACUUCAAUUAGGACAAAAAUACCAGUUAAUGCAGUGUAAAAAUGAUCUGAGAUCAGAAUCAAAAACUUUUGCCUUUUGGAAACACUCAAAUUUCUAAUUACAUGCCAUAUAUGCUAAAUAUAAUGGUUUUAGCUGUCAGUCUAGAUUUGGUAAUUUGUUGGAUGUACAUGCAUGCCUGUAAAAUGAGACUUGGAGAAUGAAGAGGGGGAUUGGUUGUUAGGGCUCCAAGGGUGGAAGUAUCCUUCUCUGAAUGCUGAUAUGCAGGCCACAGGAGUAGAGUUACACAGAAGCAGAGAUACAAUACAAUUUAGUACGUGGGCUUCAUUACAGAUGUUGUAAUGCAAGAAUCUACAGCCCUAAACUCCCCCAUUGUUCCAGCUAUAAUGUGCUGCUUGAAGAAACCAAUGAGCAGUCCUUUGGAUUAAGUGUAAUCUAUUGCUUUUGUCUUCAAACCAAAGUUUCUAGUCAUAUUUAGACUGACAAGCACUUAAAAUCUAAGGUAAUGGUCUUAGUAUGAGAGAACAAACAUACUUGCAUUUUAAAAUUGCUAAAACCGAGGAAUCUGAUAUUUAGGAAGCUACUCCCAUGUCUAAAGCAAAGUGUAUGGUCUUCAGAAAGAGAAACAUGUCAAACUUCAAAGAAAAAUAAAAUGUAUUUCUGUAAAACAUUGGGGUGGGGGGGGAAGUACUCUUUAGAAUAUUUCAGCAAAAUAAAUUUGUUAGAGGAUCUCACCUGUCCUCUUCUCCUAAAAGGGAGUCUUUUUCUCCACUAUGUCAUGGGAAGUGUUUAACAUUAAUGGGAAGAUUAUAGUUUGCUGGGUGAUAGUGACAGGAAUGAGGCGUUUGAAUUAAAAUUGUGGCUGCUGUGUAGACUGUUCUUUUAUUUUCUAUCAUUAAAUACCCUUUUUUUUUUUCAGAAUCUGUCUAUUUUGGGCUAUGAUAAAAUGCAUGUAAACUAGUAAAACUGAUUCUUAUUUUUAUCGCCUGACCUUGGGCCAGUCUUUUAUAUGCUCAUGCACUUUCUCUUCACUUCAGUUUCCUUCUCUUUAAAAACAGGAAUAAUAAAACUACCUCUAGUCCUUAAUGCCAUUUUGUCUCAUGAAGAAGAGGAUAUUUGCAAGGACAGGUAAAAAGUAUUUAAACACUAGCAAGUUUGUUUUACAAGUUCAGUUUACUAAGUGAAAGAGUAGCCAUGUUGAAGUAAGCAUUGAGUAAUACUUGAUAGUUUGAACUUUGUUGUAUACUAAUUUGGUUUGGAUCUUUAAGAAUUCAUAAAAAUCUUUUAAUAUACAAGUUUUUGAUCACACUGCACAAGCAGUUGCCUAAGAUAACCACUUAAAUAACAGAAUAAAUGCUUAUAUCUUAUUUUAAUACAGCUCAGUUUGGAGCUCAUUCAUUUUGUUAAAACAGUUCUGGCUACAUCUACACUAUUAAUAUGGGUCAGGGCCCAUUCCCCGGUGGGAAAUGACAUGGUCUUCACCUCAUUUACGUACUGCUAGCUAUGUAGUGAAGGCUGUGGUAGUGAUAUUAAAAACAGGAUGGAACUGUGGAGGUCAGACAGAUGAAGAGGAUUGUCUAUUGCAGCAUAUUUUAGAAGUUACCAUGAACUCUUACACAGCUGAGAACCUCAAUACACUUAUUUAAAAUCAAGAGGUCAAAAUCUCCUGCAAUAUAGAUAGGGUUAAUAACAGUGGACUUGCAAAUCUAUGGCAGUGAUGUGGAGAAAUGCCUAUAAAUAAAUAAUUAAAUAAACCAAAUUUUUCUGAGAACACAGCUGACAAGGAUAUUUUCCAGCCAUCAGUGAUGAAAGAGACAGUGAUUCAUGGCCUUUCUUCCCUGCUGGUGCAGGAUUUUGCCUGAGGAUAUACAUUCUGCUGUUUUAAGUUUUAGGUUUAAAGCUAUGUUUCUUAAAAUCUCCUAUAAUUUUUGUCUGCAGCUUCUCAACCAUGCUUGAAUGUUGUCUCAAUUGCAUGAUUUAAACCUCUACCUAGCCAUACAAUAAUUGGCCAUCUAAAUGCUCUCAUUUGGAAGUCUGUAAUUAUUGAAAGCACCUAUAUUACUUAGAUGUCUACCUCCUUCUGAAAGUUAGUGUUUAAGUAGCUUUUGUCUGAGGAUACAAAAUUAGAAGCAAGAUUAAUUUAAGAUUAAUUGCUGUCUGGUGAAAUUCUGUUGUAUAUAUGUAAUGUAAACACUUGGAAAUUUAAUUUUAAAAUACUUUUCUUCAUGUUCAUAAGUAAGCUGUGAUGAUGCAUGCAUGAGUCUUUCUGUCUUUGUUCUUUCAAUUGUAACAAUUGAAGAAAAAAUAUGAAGUUUUGAAUUUAGGAAUAAAUUUACUUUAAAAGAACUUCCAGAUUUCUAGACCAGAACUGAAUAUACACUGAAGGGUACUGAAAUUAUCUGACAAAAGAGGCUUGAUCAGGAUUUAUUUUAACUGCUGAUACUGGGGCCAAACUUUCCCACCACACUUCACCGUCAGAGGAUGUAGACACACCUCAGUAGAUACUGGCAUCAAACCUGAAAGCUCUUUCGAGAUGUUCAUGAAGUGCCAAUUUACUGGUUUCCAGUCUAGAUUGCCACGGGGGAAAAAGUUAGCAUUUUGGUAGUACUUGAAAGUGUUACUCCUCGCACUUGAGAAUACGUGAAGAGGGAGGAGUCUGAGAAUAUACAGAUUUAAGAACAGUCCUGUACAGUCUGAGUCCCAUACAGAUCUUUUAGCAAUCCUUUCAUCUCUUAUUCCUACCUACAAUUAAGAAUGCAACCUAAACUUGGCAAUUAGACUACCCACUCCAUGCUGGGUUAAUCUCUUAUAUUAGUGUUAAAUUUGUUAAGUUUGGCUUUCAGUAUUAUUUAUCAAAUACUCUUCAUACAAAAGCAUACCUUUUAAUUAUUUUAAAAAUUAGGUGCUUUUCAGCAUGUUUUUCUCUCAUUGUGACUGGAAGAUCUGGUAUCACCAUUAAAGCAACAGAACUGUCUCACCCCAGAUGAUCAUGCAGCACUUUCUUGGGCUUUGAAAGAAUGCUUUGCCGUUCAUUACUUCUGGAAUUAUUGCACAGUCCCAAGAAUGGCGGUCGGAUUUCUAGUGUGGUUGUUCACAUGAGAAAAUAAGCAAUGCCUAAUUGACUCUUUCUACUGUUAACUCAAGCAGUCCCUUUAUUUAAGUAGAUUGUUGAAGACGAAAACCUAUGGAAAUAUAAUUCCUUGUUGAAUAGUGUCUUUCACUCCAUCCACUUCUUGGAAUAUUAAAAGGUAUGGAGGAAUGAGUACACGUGUCUGAUAAAACUAGGUGGAAGAACAUGACAUGCACGCUGUUGUUGAUAGAACUUCUGCUUAAUAUAUUGGAAAAAUUGUUCAAGAACAGUUAAUCCUUACUUUAGGAUUACCCCCAGAAAGCUGGCAAGGUCAGGCUGUACGUGGAUUGUGUGUCAUUUAAAUUCUGGCUGCAUGAGUUGCCUGGGGGUAGCAUUAACUACUACGUGGGACUUGUUCUAAGCUACAUCUGUGAAUCAUCAUUCUUUGUUUGAAGAUAGUGGACUCCUUCUAUCCUCCAAGCUCCUUUUCUUGACAGGUGCAAUCAGUAGCCUUAAUUGUAAUGCCUAUCAGGUGACUAUGCCUUUGUGCAGAGAUUAAUCAGUUCGGAAAAUGCUAUUUCCAUGUAAACUACAUGAGUUAAUCAGAUUAUAACCCUGUGUUUUUCAUGCAUAUCAUAAACCGUGUGAGGAAAGGGCUUAAAGUCAUUUAAUUAAGGUUUACAUUGUGCAGUGUGAAAAGCCUUUCUGAAUUUAAUUUUUAAACAGAUGUUAACAUUGGUUCACAUGAAAUCUAAUCAACUGGGGAGAACGGCACAUUGUGAGGAAAGUGCUGAAAACCCCUAGCAGAAGUUAUUGCUUGGGAUAUAGUAAAUUCAUUUACAACAGAAGCUGUGGGGAAAAGGGAUUUGUUUGCAAUACCCAUUACCUAGUUUUUGUUUAGCUUGUAGGUAGCCAACCUGGUAAAUCCAAGAGAAUUAAAUGGAUAUGUUAAGGAGUCAAAUUUUAGCUACUUUGUGUGUAUGUAUGUAAGAUUACACAAGCAAAUAUAUCUUCCCUUUGUGCAUUUCUGUAUGCAUUUUGGGUGUGCACAAGUUAAAGCCAGGUGGAAGCUUGGUCAAAAAUUUCUUCAUCAAGAGAAAGCAAAAACAAUCACUAAGAACAAUAACUUUGAAUACAUACAAAUUUAAGUAGUUGCUCAGCUUUGGGACACUUAAGUCCUCAAACUCACCUCUAGAGCUGUGAUAAUUGUUGGGGGUUUUUCAAUAGCCUUCACAUGUGAAAUUUAAAUCAACAUGUUAAAAAGUCAUGAAGUUCAUCUCAUCACUGAUGCAGACAGCUUUGUUGCAAUGUUGUUGUACAGAUGAUACUGCCUUUUGAGGCCUCAAUUCUCAGGGAGAGGGGAAGAACUUCCCUGAUUUGGGGGGCAUUUUUUCUCUUGGCAUAGAAAACAAAUGAACAUUGAUUGUUUGUAAAUAAACUUGCUACCAGUUUUGUUCAUGCAUUAACUCUGCUGUUGUCUAGGCUUCUGGCGUGCAAGUGAAAUUGAGGAGUAGAGUUAGAUCUGUCUAUCAUUUUAACCUGGCAUGCAAACAUUUUCUCAAGCCUCAACUCGGUCACAGCCUGAGACUUGUUCAUGCAUAUGGCAUGUGGCUACAGGCAGUGUGACCGUAAUGAAUCACUUGACUCUGCAAACUUAACCUUGAACUAAGACCCAGCUACUAAAGAUGGUAAAAUCUUGUCCUUCAUGAUCUACUCUGGACCCUGACUUAAUUCAGUUUUGCACCGUAACUAUUUCUGCCCAUAAUUUUAUGUCUUCAGAAAACACUGCUUAAGGCCAAGCUGAAUAUGAUUUUUUAUGUACUUAGAAAACUGAUGUUAGGAGACAUAUCACCAGUAAACUAACAGUAUCAAGCAGUGUGUUUAUUAAGAUUAUCUCAGACCUCCUUGGUAAAGUCAACUGCAAGGGCCACAGAGAACAACAAACUUUUACAAUUUUCAGUUUCAUGGAAUAAUCUGAAAUGUAAUAUAGGUUUAAGAGGAAAAACACAAACCACAUACUGUGCUAAAACAAACAUGUGAAAAUUUUAUCGUGAGGAUGUGGUCUUAAAUGCACAUGGGCUAGUGUAGUGCCUGUCUGCUAUUCUUGCUAAAAGAAUGAUCUAAUGUUACUAGAUUGUCAUUACAAGACGCUUAAUCCCCAGAGUGAGAAACAGGAAGAAUAUUCACAAGUUUCAAUGCUAUUUACUAAUUGCCAAUUGACUUGAGGAAAGCUAAAAAAUGACUGGAAACAUCCAUCCCCAUCCUGAUACACACACAUACUAAUAAUGGAAAUGGAAGCCAAGACAAACAGCUAGCAGUGCAGUGCAUCCUGUUGGCAUCGUAUUUUUGGCACUGUUGUAGCUACACAGAAAACAAGUGAUACAAGAAAUGUGUAAGGACAUCUGUUCUGUAACCUAUGGGGCUUCACUCACAAAACAGUUGUAAAAUCUUCUGGGGGAGAGAAAAAUUUCUCUAUAUCUGUGCAGAUGCUCUAUUGUAAGAAAAAUAUCAAUGGAAGGAAGCGUUGAGCUUUUAAAAGAGGAAAUUGUUCACCAGAUUCACUGUCAAAUGUUCCAUUCUUUUCUUUCCUUUUCAUUUAACCUAAGUUAUCUGCCAUUCACAAGUUAUAUUUAAGCCAAAUAGUGUAAAUCUGUUGGGACUAAUAGAAUUGAAUCAUGGAUUAAAUUAGCCCGGUGUCUGCUUGUAACUCUUCUUCCCUGCAGAUUACUUGGGCUCUGUGUCACUCUGCUGACUAUUCAGGUCACAGCCUUUCAGCUACCAGCUUCCUUCCUGAAUCCAGCAUCUUCAUGUCUGUCCAGGGGCGCUCUCUACCAUUCAUCUACUGCCGUUCAGCCACAUCCCGUGAAUGGAUACUUUAAAAAGGAAAGAAACUUUCCCAAAAUUCAAAUGUUGUUGCAAAAGUUGGGAUAUAAGUAGUUAGGCUUCCCCCACAGGUAUCUUAUGGAGAGAGAGACAUGGUUCCAUGAAAAAGAAAUCAGAUCUCAUAUAAACCUGGAACACCUUAGGAAACUGGAAGAUAAAGAGGGACUGUGAGGUAUAGGAGGUUUGGAGCACUUGGGGAAGGAAGUUUUAGCUCUGGGAGCUGGGAGCAGCUGAGGGUCCUGGGUGGGAGAGCAUUUAGGAGCAGGAAAAAGUAGGGGCCUACGUAGGGGGAGAUUUGUGAAGAAGUAGAGGUGAUUGCCUCUGCUGUAAAAGAGGUCAGAGCUCUGCGGUGGAUAGUAGGGAGGGGAAGACCAGGGGCACUGGGGUGGCUUGGGAAAGGUGUGGGACUGAGGCAGAAGAUGUGGGGAGUAGGGACUCGGUAGUGAGAAGCACGAGCUUUGGAAGAGAUCGUUGGCUUCCAGAGCAGCAAAGGCGAGAAGCCUAGCAAUGAGAGAUGGUGUAAAGGGCUGGCUCUUCAACAGUGCUCACACAAAUACCCUGACACCUCUACUUGGAACUUCGAGGAUACAGUUACAGGACUGGUUUCCUGGCGCUUCGUCCCUCUAACAUUUGGUUUCAGAAAUACAAUAGAUCUAAGAUCUGACCUUUUAUAUCACAUUUCAGUUUGGGGAGGGCAUGGCUUAAAGAAGGGUGAGAUGGAGAAAUGAGACUGCGCCACAUUACAAGCAUUAGAAUUUGGAUGUUGUGUUGAUAUUAAACACGCUUAUACUUAAACACCUUGAAUCAUACCUUCAUUUUAUAUGUUUCCUCUAAUUGUUCCAUAUUUACUUCCUUGACACCCAUAUAGUAAUGAUCCAUGCUUACAGGCAAAGAGUUCAUUAUUUUAUAUUGUAGUACUUCUUCCCUUGCUGUUAGAAGAGAAGAGAUGCCCUCAUGAUCUGUUUCUAUUGAGACAGUGGCUAAUAUUCCUCCAGGAAGUUCCAAAGCAGUUUUUCUGGAAAGCAACCCUGAAAGCUGCUCUGUAAUUUAUGUGGUAUGCCUUGCAAUAGCCAGAUCUGUGAGUAAAACAUUAGUAAGUAACAAAUGUACUCAUAUUCAGAGCAAUUCUAGAAAGGAAUUAGGAAGUUUGGGUUGGUCUAAUUAAUCUCUUGAUGAUUUGGGGAUUUCAGUGACCACUGAUCAAGACUGUUAUGCAUAUCAUAUGAUCAACCCAUGGUCUAAUCUUGAAUGAAACAUUACUUGGCUCUACCUCUUACCAACAAUGAUCAGGGCCUUUUUGUCCAAGACACUGUACAAACAAAUAACCUGAACAAAUAGUUCUUCCACAACAAGUUUACAAUUCACACAUCAGACCUGGAAGCCAAGAAUGGAUAUAAAAAAGUAAAGAAGGUGGGUUCUAAAACAGAGGAUGUAGCAGUUAAACUGUGUAGGAGGAGCAGAGGUCUCAGCUUCCUUCUCUCCUUGCAGUGCUACCUGGUAAUGGGUUUUGAAUUACCAAACUUAAGAAGAAAGGACAUCUUGAUUGUUUUGCUAAUCUGCAUCAGGAAAAGUGGAUAUGAGAAGACAGGAGAUGCUUGUGUGCCAGUCCCUACCCAUUGAACUGUUUGGUUCUCAUAGUUGCUAACCCAUGACCAACUAAAGUACAACAGAGUAGCAGUCCUGUGCAAGGAAGCACAGGGGCCCACAUCGCUCGCCUUCCUCACAUGAUGAGUAGUGCUCGCAUUGUGAUGAAAAGGACCCCAGGGAGAGGAGGAGAAGAGAGAAACUGGGAUGAAGAAAUGUGUCAGAUUACUGGAACAAACAGAGAAGUUGAGAGGAGAAAACCCUUGUUGCCACUGGGAGAAAUUAUCUGGGUUGAACAAACAGUGAUUUUGCUGUGCAGUCAACAUCGAGAAUGGAAAGGCAGGUGGUGAUUAGAGCUUAUAGAAGUUGAGAAUGCAUGUCUAAAACUACAAGGUGGUAGAGAAAGAGCUGUCUUAUAAAAAAUGCAAAUACUUAAAAAUGUCAAGAAAACCAGAAGAAAUGAGGAAAGGGAGAACUCAUUCACUGGGGAACUCAAUAAGUAGUAAAAGUGAAAGAUCCUGCAAUGGGAGAAGUUGUUAUUAAGGUGAAGCUGAGGCUCAGCCCUUAGCCAUAGCAUGGGAAAAGGAUAAAAAGAAAGA